GCCCCAUUGCAGCAACCAAACUCUACCGAGCGUCUCUCCAUGGCCGAGUCAUACUUGCCCGAGUUCGAGGGCUUCUUCCAGGACGAGGCCAACUGUGUGUGUGCCGAUUGUGGCGCGGCCGAUCCGAGGUGGGCGUCGACGAAUCUGGGCGCUGUGGUCUGUAUCGAGUGCUCGGGCGUCCAUCGCAACCUCGGGGUCCACAUCACCAAGAUGCGAUCGGUGGUGCUGGAUGAUUGGGAGAGCGAGAUGCUCGAGGCGUUUCUGGCCAAGGGUAAUGCGGUGGUCAAUGCCGAGUACGAGGCCGAGGUGCCCGAGGGGUGGAUCAAGCCCGGCCCGGACGCGUCGCGGGCAGCGCGGACCGAUUGGAUCUCAGCCAAGUACGCCAACAAGGCGUUUGUGCCAGGCAACGAAACGCUGCCACGGACCGAGGCCGAGAACGCCGAGCUUGCAGCGCGUGGAGCGAGUGAGGAGACUGCCGCCGGCGGACUCACGGCCAUGCAAGAGUACAUCGGGACGGUGGCUGUCGAGCUGCUCGAGGGCAAGGAUCUGGUGGCGUGCGACGUGAGCGGCAAGUCUGAUCCGUACGUCAAGUUCUCGCUCGGGGCGCAGCAGCUCAAGUCGAAGAUCAAGAAGAAGAGCCUUAACCCGGUGUGGGGCGAGACCUUUAUGUUUUGCGUCCCGCACUUUGGCGCCGAGCUCCAUCUCGACGUCAUGGACUGGGACAAGCUCUCUGCCGACGACUCGAUGGGCUCUGCCAGCGUGGCCAUCACCGAGGAGAUGGAGACCGAAGGCGGGCACUCUGUCUGGGUCGAUCUCAACAACACCAAGUCCGGCUCGAUCCAUCUGCGGCUGACGUACACCUCGCUGGUUCAUUGAUGGGAAGAGCGAGCGUGAUAAAUGUCGUGAGAGCG